AUGCGCGGCUCGGUAGCAGCUUUCGUGCUGCUGGUGACCAGCAGCUACUUCCUCGUGAUCGCGCAAGCGCUGCAGCAGCCCCAGCCUGCAGUUGCUCAUCACGCUAGUAUUGGCGUGAGCUGCAGGCCUCACGAGAUGGAAGCGCUCCUGCAGUUCAAGCAAGGCGUCACAAGCGACCCAGCAGGCUUUCUUUUCUCGUGGAGACAAGAAGGGUUCCAUGGGCAGGAGGACGACUGCUGUCACUGGGCAGGCGUCUGGUGCAGCAACCGGACUGGCCAUGUCGUCGAGCUUCGACUUGGCAACUCCAACCUCUAUGAUGGCUAUGCUUUGGUCGGGCAGAUAAGUCGUUCUUUGCUUUCUUUGGAGCAUCUAGAGUACCUAGAUCUCAGCAUGAACAGCUUAGAGGGCGCCACUGGACAAAUUCCAGAGUUUUUAGGCUCUUUGAAGAACCUCGAGUACCUAAACCUCUCUGGGAUACCUUUUUCUGGCAGAGUGCCUCCUCACCUCGGCAACUUGUCAAAGUUGCAAUAUCUCGAUAUUUCUAGUGGUGCUGAUACAUUCUCUGUGGACAUGUCAUGGCUAACACGUUUGCAGUUUCUAGAUUAUCUUAACCUCAAAACAGUAAACCUCAGCACAGUAGCUGACUGGCCUCAUGUAGUAAACAUGAUUCCUUCACUGAUGUUCCUCGAUCUUUCUGACUGCAUGCUUGCUAGUGCAAACCAGUCACUUCCACAACUUAACCUUACUAAUCUUAAGUGGCUAGAUCUCUCUAGAAACUACUUCCACCACCGAAUUUCGUCAUGCUGGUUCUGGAACCUAACAAGCCUUGAGUACCUUAACCUUGCAUUCACCGGCACGUAUGGUCAACUUCCUGAGGCGUUGGGAAGCAUGAUACCAUUACAGUUCAUAGAUUUAUCGUACAAUAAAAUCAGCAUGCCCAUGGUAAACCUGGAGAACCUAUGCAGUUUGAGAAUCAUACACCUUCAGUCAUGCUUCUCAUAUGGAAAUAUAGAAGAAUUAAUCGAGAGGUUGCCACGAUGUUCACAAAACAAGUUGCGCGAGUUGAAUCUGCAGUCAAACCAACUAACAGGGCUGCUACCAAAUUUUAUGGACCAUUUGACCAGCUUAGUCGUUCUUGAUCUCAGUUGGAACAACAUUACUGGACUACUCCCAACAUUUUUGGGAAAUUUCACUUCUUUAAGGAGGCUGGACCUCACUGGUAACAAUUUUACCGGAGGCGUACCAUAUGAGAUUGGUGCGCUCACAAAUUUGACCAGCCUAAAUCUACAGUACAAUGGUUUCGACGGUGUGAUCACAGAGAAACACUUUGGUGGUCUAAAGAGCUUGCAGUACCUACAUGUAUCUUAUACUUCCUUGAAGAUUCAGGUCAGUUCAUACUGGCAGCCUCCCUUUAGACUACUGUCUGCUGAUUUGGGUCAUAUCCAAUUGGGUCCUCUGUUCCCUUCCUGGCUGCGAUGGAUGGUGGACAUAUAUUUUCUUGAUAUUUCAAGCGCGGGUAUAAAUGACGGGAUUCCACACUGGUUUUCGAACACCUUUUCAAAUUGUUCAUAUUUGAACCUAGCAAAAAAUCAACUCACUGGAGAUCUGCCAAGAAAUAUGGAAAUCAUGUCGGUGGAAAGGCUCUAUCUACAUUCCAACAAUUUAACUGGUCAAAUACCACCACUGCCACAAAGCCUAACCCACUUGGACAUCUCCAUGAACUCUCUGUUCGGACCUCUGCCCUUAGGUUUUGUAGCUCCAAACCUAACAGAACUGUCUCUAUUCGGCAACCGCAUCACGGAUGGUAUUCCAAAAUAUAUAUGCAGGUUUAAGCAAUUGAUGGUAUUGGACUUAGCCAACAACUUGUUUGAAGGAGAGCUUCCACCAUGCUUUGGGAUGACAAACAUUAUGACUUUAGAGUUAAGUAACAAUAGUUUGUCUGGCGAAUUCCCUUCUUUUUUGCAAAACACCACAAACUUGCAAUUCCUUGAUUUAGCAUGGAAUAAGUUCUCUGGAAGAUUGCCAAUAUGGAUAGGAAACCUAGUGGGAUUGCAAUUUCUACGGUUAAGGCACAACAAGUUCUCUGGGAACAUUCCAGCGAGUUUCACAAACCUUGGAUGCCUUCAAUAUUUGGAUAUGGCGGAAAAUGGUAUUUCUGGUUCUUUACCUAGACAUAUGUUAAAUUUAACAGCAAUGAGAGGGAAAUAUUCGACAAGAAGGUACCCUAUACGUCCAUUAUUUUGUAGCUAUUACAACAUACCAGAAGAAUAUCAUAGCGUUAGUUUGUCUACAGUUACAAAGGGGCAAGACCUUAACUAUGGUUCCAGUAGCCAUAUUUUGGACAUAAAAAUGAUGAGCAUCGACUUGUCUUUAAACAAUUUAUCAGGUGAAAUUCCAGAAGAAAUAGUCACUCUUGAUGCACUGCUGAAUUUGAACCUCUCCCAUAACUACUUCACCAGAAAUAUUCCUAAAGAGAUUGGAGAGUUGAAACUACUAGAAUCACUUGACUUCUCCAGGAACGGCCUUUCUGGGGAAAUACCAUUGAGUGUGUCAAAUAUGGCAUUCCUGAGCUACAUGGACUUGUCAUACAACAAUCUUACAGGAAGAAUACCAUCUGGAUCACAGCUUGACAGCCUCUAUGCAUCAAAUCCAUAUAUGUAUACUGGCAACAUGGGUCUCUGUGGGUAUCCUCUCACAACGGUAUGUUCCAACAAUGAUACAUCAAUGCAAAGUCCUUUGGGAGGAACUGAAGAAGGUUCGGAUUUUUUCUACCUCGGGCUUGGAUGUGGCUUCAUAGUGGGUAUUUGGAUGGUUUUCUGCGCCCUGUUAUUCAAGAAACGAUGGAGAAUUGCUUGCUUCACCCUCUUCGAUAAGUCAUAUAGCUAA